AUGCUUGGCGUUUGUGAGAGUUGUGCCAACGAACUUACCGAGGAUGGAGCAGUUAAAUACGGUGGUUUUUGCUCGACAUGUUUCUGCCAAAACUGCUCCAAAAUGGAUAACAUUAUCCGUGAUAACUUAGGAAGUAAUUCAAAUUUGUUUUGGAUGUGCAAUGCAUGCAGUACAAUGAUGCGUAGUGCUCGGUUCAAAAAUGUAAUGAUAUCAAUGAACGCCUCAAAUGCACAAAGUUUCGAAGAGCUGAAAAACGAAAUCCGCUGUAGCGUAUUAGAUGAAAUUAGGCAGGAAAUCCGGACGAGUUUCAAGGAGUUUAUUGAAGUCGUUCCGAAAACUCCUGCUCCUGUUCAAACUGGUAUGUUCUCCGGAUCCUCCAAGAGAAAACGUGACAACGAUGGAAAGAACGAGCCAACCCCAAAAAGAAUGGUUCGUAAUCAACUACGUCGUGGUACGGAUAUCUCCGCUCAAUCUAGUGCCAUUGGUGUACAGGAUCUCAACAGGUUCUGGUUGUAUGUCUCUGACAUAUCUGCUGAAACACCCGAUGAUCUCGUCACGGAAUUGAUACAACAAAGAUUAGGCUCCACUGAUCUAAAAAUUGUUAAAUUAGUUCCCCGGGGAAAAGAUGUGCGCUUCCUAAGCUUUGUGUCUUUCAAAGUGGGUAUGCCGAUGCAUCUGAAGCAGAAAGCAUUGACGGAUUCUACAUGGCCUAGUGAAAUUUCUUUUCGAGAAUUUGAAGAAAAGACUAAUUCACGCAGGGUUUUUUGGAAACCGGCGAUACCUUCCGGUACUGUGACAGAAUCCAGUUCUCCGAGCGUGCGGAGCAACAUGACGAGCAGUACUGCAGAUCAACGCAUGUAA